AUGCCAGUUUGUCAAGGUAUUGGUAAUUUAUUAAAUCGUAUGAAGAAAUCAAUCGUUGAAUUGAAUAUUUUUCAUUCGAACACAUCUUCGGUUAUAGAUGAAAAUGAGAUUAGAACAGAAUUAAUAUCUACACGUAUUUUUCUUUUGUUUCUUGUUGUUUCUCUUGGGAUUCUAACAGGAUAUAUAUCUGAAAUUCAGGUAGAAAAAACAGUUGAAAUAUCGUAUCCAAAUUAUGAUCAAUAUUUGAAAUUGUAUAAACAAUAUUCAACAAUUAUUUCUUGUCCAUGUACAACAGUUUCAUUUCCAUAUGAACAAUUUUUAAACGUAAAAGUAACUUAUCAUCAAAUCUAUCAAAGUAUUUAUACAACACAAUUUUGGAUAAAUUUAAUAAAAUCUUCAUCGAUUAUUCAACAACCUUCACCGACUUUUCGUUAUCUUGGUGGACCAUUAUUUCAA